CCGGGGCCGGGCCGGGGCCGGUCUCCAGCAGCGCCCGGCCGCCGCCGAGCCGCCGAGCCCGGCUGCCAUUUUAAGGUGAACAAAGAGGCGGAGGCGCCGGCAGCCAGAUCUGCUUACGGAGGAACCCUCGGGGUUAGCGCUAGCCUCGGGCUCUCCAACGCCGCCCACCCCCGCUGGACCCCACCACCGCCAUGUUCAGCAAGAAGUCCUAUGAUGGCCCCCCCACGGGCUAUGGGUCCCCCACGGGCUACGGCCCCCCCACAGGCUAUGGGUCCCCCACGGGCUACGGCCCCCCCACGGGCGAUUACGGCUACAACUACGACGCCCGCUCGCCCCCGCCGGGCUCCUACUACAUCGAGGACGUGCCGCAGCACUUCUACAAGUGGACCUCGCCGCCCGGCGUGGUGAGGAUCCUGGAAGCCAUAGUCAUCCUCCUCUGCAUCGCCAUCUUCGCCUGCGUGGCCUCCACCCUGGCCUGGGAGUACGGCUACGGCUUCGGGGGGCUUUACGGCAAUGGGCUGGGGGGCUUCUACGGCUCCGGCUACUACGGCAGCGGGUUGAACUACGGCUACGGUUACGGGAGCUACUACGGCGGGGUCACCAACCCGCGGGCGGCCAACGGCUUCAUGAUCGCCAUGGCCGUGCUCUGCUUCCUGACCCAGCUGGGGCUCUUCGUCGCCAGCCUCAGCAAAUCCAGCAGCUCCCGCUCCCGGCGCUUCUACCUGGUGGUCAUCGUGGUCUGCGCCGUGCUGGCCUUCGUCAUGCUCAUCGCCUCCAUCGUCUACAUCGUGGGGGUCAACCCCCAGGCGCAGAUGACGGGCAGCUACUACUACAACCCCUUGCUGACCAUGUGCAGCCAGGCGUACAGCGGCAGCACCUACAUGAACCAGUACCUCUACCACUACUGCACCGUGGACCCCCAGGAGGCCGUGGCCAUCGUCUGCGGGUUCCUCAUCGUCAUCCUCCUCUGCCUCAUCUGCUUCUUCGCUCACAAGACGCGGAGCAAGAUCUGGAAGUACGGGAAACCCAACAUCUACUGGGACAAGGUGCCGGUGGUCCAGGAGGGUCCCAACGUGGAGGAGUGGGUGAAGAACGUGGCGGACGGGGCCAGCGUGCAGGACGAGACGGCCACGCUCGCCUACUCGGAGAAGCCGACGAGCCCCAUCACCGCGCCGCCCUACAGCCCCCCUUCCUACAGCUACCCCCCCCCGAACGGCUACUACCCCUCCGGGACCUACAGCAGCCGGGGCGACCAGCCCGACCGGGGCGUCACCCCCAGCCCGGCGGAGGAGAAGGUGCGGGAGCAGCCCACCAAACCCCCCGCCCGCCGCGGCCGCCGGCGCCGCCGUAACCCCGAGCUGGACGAGUCGCAGUACGAGACCGACUACACCACGGCCGUGGAGUCCGGCGACGAGCGGGACCCGGACCAGUGGGCCAGCCUCUACCCCCCCAUCACCUCGGACGGCACCCGCCAGAAGUACAAGCAGGAGUUCGACACGGACCUGAAGCGCUACAAGCAGCUCUGCGCUGAGAUGGACGGCGUCAACGACCGCCUCAACCAGCUCAGCAAACAGCUCGACAGCAUCUCCGAGGACAGUCCCCAGUACCAGGACGUGGCAGAGGAGUACAACAGGCUGAAGGACCUCAAGCGGAGCCCCGACUACCAGACGAAGAAGCUGGAGACCAAAACCCUGCGCAACAAACUCUUCCACAUCAAGCGGAUGGUGAGCGACUACGACAAGGUGCGGGGGUAGCCCGUGACACCCCCCCCCCCCCCGCCCACCCUGCUCCCCACCACCACGGCAGGAUGGGCACAAGCGGCCCCCCACCCACCCACCCCCGCCAAAGACUUUGGUGCAUUUUGGACCUUUGUAUAAAAAAAACCAAAAGAAACCCGCGAUUCAAGCCCACCCCACGACGUCGGUGCCAAGGGCGUGGGGCCGGAGGGGGCUGCUGGAGCAAGACCUCCCCCCCCCCAACCCAAAACAACCCCCCCGGUGUGUUCCCCCCCCCCCACUCCGUGCCUUCCCAUCCCCUAUCCCGGGGGCUGCGGGUCCCCUCCCGCUGCUGUAAAUAUGUUUGGGGAGGGGGUGCGGCCCCUGCCGGCACUGCGAUCCGGGUACCAAAACGUGUCCGCAGCCUGGUGCCGGCAGGGAUGUGCCGGAUGGGGCAGAGCAUCCCUCAGCCGGGCACUGGCCGGGGAGGGGGACAGAGCCCCACAUAUCCCCCCCCCACACCCCAAGCCCCAGGGGCUGCCUUUUGGGGAGCAGCCCUGGGCAGGGGCGAUAUUUUAUAAGGAACUGGCUGAA